GAAUUAUGUUGUUUAUAUUUAUCAUAAGACCUAGAGGCGGUCACAUACAUUGGGGACCAAAAUGCCCAUGUUACGCAUACUGAUUGGGUUGUUGACAAUACUGGCACAAUCGUUUGGACCGUCUAGUGCUUCCAAACCAGGCAAGUCCAACUCCACACUGAUAUCUUCAUUCGCUCCCUUGCCUAAUGUUUUACGUAUAUCUGCAUUUAACAUUAAAACGUUUGGACGAGCUAAAAUGAGCGAUCCGUUUAAAGCCGGAAUAAUCCGAGAUAUUGUAAAGCGAUAUGACGUUAUCUUAAUACAAGAAAUUCGGGACAUCAGCGGUGAAGCCCUGCAACAACUGUGGGACAUGGUAGAUAGGACACAGUACAGCAUGGUAUACAGUGAACGACUUGGAAGAAGUUCGUACAAGGAACAAUAUGCUUAUUUCUACAAAUUUUCGACAGUUCAAGUUAUCGACGUACAUCAAUACGAUGAUGGACCUGAUGACUACACUGAUCCGUUUGAGAGAGAACCAUUUUCCGUGAGAAUGAGGCCAGUUGGAGGUGGUUGGGACUUUGCAUUGGUUGGCAUUCACGUGAAGCCCGCUGACGCUGUUAAAGAAAUUGCCUUUCUUUAUGACGUUUAUAAUGACGUCAGAAACCACUGGCGAGACGUUCAGGAUGUCAUCAUACUGGGAGAUCUUAACGCCGCAUGUUCAUAUGCUAGGGAAACUGAUCUGAAAGGUCUUACUAUCUAUGAUCAAACACAGUUCCUGUGGCCGCUAGGUUUUGAUGCUGAUACAACUACCAGUACAAACACUGACUGUGCAUAUGACAGGUUUAUAAUUUCUGGUCAAAACAUACGUUCAGCAUUUAUUCCUGGAAGUGAAGGCAUUUAUAAAUUUGAGGAGACGCACAAAUUGGACUACAGUCAGAUGGUGGAUGUCAGCGAUCAUUACCCAAUAGAACUUGAAUUGUAUUGAAAAUAUGAUAAAGUUCAUGUUAUAAUAACAAUAAAAUUGAUUAUCUAAUGACAAA